AUGAUGCGCAAACAAGAAGAUGAUGAUUUUUACAGUCUGAUAGACCUUAAUCAUAUUUUUCAUGAUGAUGACAUCUUAAAUGAAUGGACAAGAGAUAAUGAACCGCCGGUUUUAGAAGAUGAUGAUUUGGCAUGGUUAGAUCAAGCACUUCGAGCAUCAGAUGCUGAAGAAUACAACACAACUACAAGUGUUCAAAGUCAUUCAAGAAAGAAGAAUAAAGGAAAAGAAGUUUUAUCAAGAGAUGAUAGUGAAGAUAGUGAUGAAAGUGACGACAGUGAUGAUAGUGAUGAUUCAAAUGAUGGAAAUGAUCAACAAAGCCAUGGUGAACAUCAUAUUCAUCAAAGUCAUCAAGAUGAUCAACAUGACACAGGUAUGACAUGGGCACAAGGUCAUGAAAAUUAUUAUGCAACACAAGAUAGUAAUCAUGGGUAUCGACCUGGGAUGGAGAAACAACAUCACUUUUUUACAAGUCUAUCAGAAUCUGCUGAUGCCAAAGAUAAAGAACAUUCGAUUGGAUCUUCACGACAGCAUAUGAGUGUUGAAGAACAUAUGAAACAUUUGCUUUUGAGAGGGAACCAACAAAUUCCACUAAGAGAUGAUUAUGGAUCAAGAAGUUAUAAUUGGGAGUCUCAGGAUAUUGGGCAUGGUCCAAUUGGAUAUCAAUUAGGUGGAUAUGGAUACUAUAGUAGCAAUCAACCCAGAUAUGAUUCAUAUGACAGAUCAUCUGAUUAUUUACCAUCCUAUACAAGUGCAAUUAGACAUCAUGAAUCUGAAGGUUAUUUUGAUAAUGCACAGAAUGCAAUUCCAGUUUAUUCAACAUCUCUUGGGAGCAAUAUCGGACAUCAUAGUCGUGAUCGUGAAUCGUCAAGUGGUACUAGCAGUUCUAUUGGGUAUCAUGGUUUUGGAUAUUAUAAUCGUCGUGAUGAAACAUUAUUACAAAGUCAAUCAUCUAAUUCUGAACAUAUUUCAUCAACUCAACCAAAUGAAUAUCCAUAUGGACAAUUUAAUCCAAAUAUAUAUCAAUGCUCAUAUGUUGGAGAUCAAUUUAAUCAAUAUGAUACUCAAGGAGAAUAUAAUGAAGAUUUUGUUCCUCCCCGUCACUCUUCGUGGUAUUAG